AUGGCCGCUAACACCCCAAAUGUCAAUACAAAUCCACCACCAGGCUUAAUUCAAGAUGAAGAACACUUGACAGCAAUCCAGGCGGGUAUCAGGCAGCAAAGGGAGUUUUUCACUUCCUUCCAAGCUCAUCAACAGAUUCAAAGUAUUGAAGGAGAUUCUGACGAUAAUAACGAGGAAACUCGUUCUAUUCAAACGGAGUUUUCAACAACAUCCAGCUUUCAGUACCUUUCACGAAAUUCAUCGCGAGACGAAGAUGGUCGGACAUCAACAAUUCAUGAUGGAAUUCAAGAAAUAAGCCAAAAUAUUCUAGCUGCUAAUCUCAGUAACGAGGAGGAUCCCUUGCUGACAGAAGAGGAGUCGAUAGCUGAUUCAGAUUCACUGAACUUAUCGCAAUGGCUUGGAAACGUUUGGAAAUCCACAUCCGGCCCUAGAUUCAGCUUUCAAGGUGAAAGAUUACCUCAUCAAUACCAGAGCUUUCAUCACGUAGUGGAGACAUUUAUUGAAGUUUCUUCGACUAUGGAUAGCGAAUCCACCGCCUGUUCCCCAACUCAGUCCGAGCCCUUCGUUCCAGGCAGUGUUGAGAUUGAAAAUAACACUGUUGCUCACUUCAAUUACACACAUAGAAAGUACUUCAAGAAUAAAAAGGACAAUAAACUUCGCUUGAAGUGGAGAUCAACUUGGGUGCAAAAAAUGAAGCAUUUCUUCGGGCUUCAGUGA